GGCGGGCCAUCCAAGAUGGCGGCGUCCGUCAGUGAGCUGCUGCGGGAGAUCGCCGAGCUGGAGGAGCCGCUGGAGGAACUGCGGAGCCUCAAGACCGCCGUCUACUCGCUGCCUCUCACUGCCCUGCGCGACCUGGCUGUUGGCCUGCGCUUCGGGGUCUUGUUCGCUCUGAUCGACAACAGCGACGACAGGGAGCAGAUUGAUACAUCUGUUGCGAUUCUUGAUCGACUUCUGCAAGCUUUGGAUCCGGUCUACCUGGCUCAAAAUUUCAGAGUGGAACUGCAAAAAGGACUUCAGCAUUCAGAUGAUAAUGUUAAAAUCCUGGCAAUAUCCCAAAUUGGACGAAUUGUUGAAAAUACAGACGCGGUGCCAAUAAUUCUCAGCUCGCCCGAGUUGCUCAAAGAGAUGAUUCAUAGCAUUGGUGGAAAGAAAAUAUCUGUUGCUAAAGAGGCAAUCAAAUCCCUUUCAAGAGUUUCCCAGAGUAAAGCUGGACUUGAUGCAUUAUUUAUGACCAACAUGCUACAAGAUUUGAAAGAUGUCAUGGCUACCAAUGAUGUGGUGCGAUACAGGGUCUAUGAGCUAGUGGUGGAAAUCUCAUCCGUGUCGCCCGUCUCCUUGGAUUAUUGUGGCAACAGUGGUUUGAUCACUCAGUUACUCUCUGAGCUCACAGGAGAUGAUGUUCUGAUCAGAGCGACUGCUAUAGAGAUGGUUACCGGACUUGCUCAGAGUCAGCAUGGACGACAGUAUCUUGCUCAACAAGGCAUCAUUGAUAGAAUUUCAAAUAUGAUCAUUGGUGCAGAGUCAGAUCCUUUCUCUGGCUUUUAUCUACCAAAUUUAGUGAAAUUCUUUGGAAAUUUGGCAAUGGUUGACAGUCCUCAACAGAUCUGUGAGCGUUACCCUGCUUUUAUUGAGAAGGUGUUUGAGAUGAUCGAAGGGCAGGAGCCAACCAUGAUUGGAGUUGGUCUCGAUACCAUCGGAAUUCUUGGAUCAUGUGUUGAAGGAAAGCAAGUCCUGCAUAAAACGGGUCGCAACUUCCAGGAGGUUCUGAGAAGACUGGGUUCCAUCUCGUGCAAUGCUUCCACCGACUUGCGGGUGCGCUGCCUCGAUACAAUCGCUUCUCUGCUCUCUCUGCCGGACAGAGAGAAGAGGAGAGUGCAAGAGAGAGAAAAUGGAGUGACUGGGCAACUGCAGAAUGAUCAACAGACAGAGGACCUUCUAGCAAUGACAGAGACCUGGUUCCACACUCUGCAUAGCCACCCAAUGGAAACAUUUUGCAAUAUGAGCUCUCAGCCAUUCCCAGAAAUUCAUAUUGGCGCAUUGAAGAUCUUCACCGCAAUCGCUAGCCAGCCCUGGGGUCAGAGGCUGAUGAUCAGCACCCCAGGAUUUGUGGAGUACAUUGUCGACAGGUCAGCUGAACCUGACAAACCUUCAAAGGAUGCCAAGUUCGAGUUGGUAAAAACACUUGUGGAUUCCAAGACAACAGCUGAAAUCUUCGGGAACCAACAUUACCUCCAACUCCGAGCUUACCUGCGGGAAGGCCCUUACUUUGUGAAAGCAAUUGCAACUGUCGCUGUGGAUGGAGAGUAAUCGACCAAACUUGAUCAUUAAAAACACUGUUAGCAGAAAAAAAUAAGUCUUUAAAUUAAUUAUUAACCCACUUUUGUAUAGACUUGCCCUGAGGAGCAUGGCUUCAAAUGAGCGUUUUAAUCAAAUGGAAUUUUCAAGCUGGCUGAUCACCUCAUCAUUUCCUGUUAGCUUCCAAGCUACAUAAAGGAUGGUACAUAAUGGAACUUAAUCUGUUAUAAAAGCCCUGACCCAUUGAGAUUUCAGGCCAGAAUGGUAUUUUUUCUUGUAGGUUGUCCACAUGACUCUCUCCAAAUGAAAACUAAUUAUUUAGUGAAAAGUAGCUUUUAAAAUUUGUAAAGUCUGCUGUUUGCAGGUUUUCGUUCACAAAGUUACUGGAAACCUUUCACAGCAGCUCCCACGUGUGCAGCACGUUUCAAUUAAAAUGAGACUUUUGUAA